GCCGCACCGACCGGCAACAACACCUUGUUACAAUUCAAUUUCAAAUCCUCUCUGUGCAUCCAUCUUAUUGUACAAUGGUCUCUCUGGAAAGAGCUGUCCUCGAUGGCUCCCUAUUUGCUGGCCCAAACCCUCCUUCACCGACCCGCUCGGCCUCUACGGCUUCGCCCCUCAACACAGACGACGAGCUCGGGUCUGACUUCGAGGACUCGCCAGAUCAAUUUACCUUUGAAGAUGACCAGCAGGAAGGUUCUGGAAAGCAUUCAAGCUCCUGGUUGGGAAAGUCACGUCGCACAAACGAGGGGAAAGCGCAGGAGCAUGUAAGGCAGCCUAUAGAGCAUGAUGGCCACCAAACGGGUGUGAAAGGUGUCAUUGAUGAUCGCAAAGUGCACAACUCCAAUGCUGCCGCGCAAAAACAAGCAGAAGCAACAGCUAGAGCCAUAGAGCUCCAACGGAAGGCUUUGGUGGGCUUGACGGUACAUGAGGAGGCUGAGCUGGUAGCGAAGGAUAAGGAGGAGAAGGAGGAAGAUUCUGAACUGGAAGAAUGGCGGAAGAAGAGGAGAGAUCAACUACAAAGAGAAAAGACAAUGCAGCAGGAAGAUGAUUCGCAAUGGGAAAGACAGCGACAGGGUGAUUUUGCGUAUGGAGGAGGGGAUGUGGGGAAGGGUAUCCGACGAGGUGCUUUAAGAGAGAUCUCUGAGCACAACUUUAUUGAAUCUGUCGAGAGAGAAGGCUGGGCAAUCGUUCUGAUUUAUGAACCGGGGAUACCACGGUGUAAUGCUCUAUCAGCCUCACUUCUCCAUCUUUCACUCAACCUCCCAGCGUCCCUAUCAGUCGCUCUUUAUCGUGCACGUGCUUCUGCCAUUGCGUUCUCUCUGCUACCUGCUUCAUCCUCAACUACGACCAGCCUCGUCAUUGACGAUGAAUUCCAGGUGAAAGAAGUUGAGGACAAAGAACCGAAGAGACUUCCUGAUCCCGAUGUCUUACCUAGCCUUUUGGCGUACAAGGAUGGUGAGCUAGAGAAAACAUGGAUCAGAGUAGAUUGGGACGUUAGUGAAGAUGGUAUUGAAGGCUUGUUGCGAAGGGAAGGCGUCUUGCCAACUAUCUCCAAAAUGGGCGCCAAUAGACAGCCAUACUUUGAAGAUCCAGAUGAGGAUGAUUGAUAUUACGUUCUGUAUAGAUACAUACACAAAUGUGGUCGGCGAGCACGAUGGCAAAAUAAGGCAUUAGACAAACUGGCAAAUCAAUGAUCACCCUCAAA